AUGUUCCUCAAGACCAGCAGAGACCAGCAGCAGCAGCAGCGCAGGGAAAUUGGGGGAAGUUUGAGACCGAUGAGGAUGCAGGCUACGUGCUGGUGCGCCGUCCUUCUGCUGGUGUCUGCCGCCGACCUGGUAUGGAGUGCGCAUGCCUCCCUACCCGCAGCAGUGGCUGGGAAGUCGCAAUCCCUCAAGUCCGGCACCACCAGCAGCGGUAGCAGCAACAGCAGCCCCAGGUCCACCCUGAAACACAUCUGGAUGGGCGGGGCAGGAGGCGGGAAGGAAGGCGGUGGGAAGGACCUGUCCAUCAGCCGGUUACUGGCGCAAACUCUGCAGGGCCGCCAGAACGCCACGGCGCUGGACCUGCGCUACGAGACGCCGGAGCCGUACUCCGAGCAGGACCUGUGGGACUGGCUGGCCAACUCCACCGACCUGGCCGACCCCUCAUCGAGCAAAUCGCGCUCCAAGCGCCGGCCCAUGGUCAAGACGGGCAAGUUCAAGAAGAUGUUUGGCUGGGGCGACUUCCACUCCAACAUCAAGACGGUGAAGCUCAACCUACUCAUCACCGGCAAGAUCGUGGACCACGGCAACGGAACCUUCAGUGUCUACUUCCGCCACAACGCCACGGGCCAGGGCAACGUGUCCGUCAGCCUGGUCCCACCCACCAAGAUCGUGGAGUUUGACUUGUCGGCGCAGCAGUCUGUAAUCGACGCCAAGGACACCAAGUCCUUCAACUGCCGCAUCGAGUAUGAGAAGGUGGAGAAGGGCUCCAAGAACACGCUCUGCAACUACGACCCGUCCAAGACCUGCUUCCAGGAGCAGACGCAGAGCCACGUAUCCUGGCUCUGCUCCAAGCCUUUCAAGGUCAUCUGCAUAUUCAUCUCCUUCUACAGCACCGACUACAAGCUGGUGCAGAAGGUGUGUCCGGACUACAACUACCACAGCGACACGCCCUACUUCCCCUCCGGCUGA